AUGGCCUCUAUUCGCGUUCUUUCCUUCGAUGCUGAGGGCCGUCCCGUGCAGUUCACUUCCUGGCUCGACGACCUGCAGUUGUAUCUUAUGAGCAAUAGCACGGACCACAUCUCCCUCUAUGACUACGCGUCUGGUGCUGCCGUUGCUCCUGCUGCCACAGCCGAGCUUAGUGUUCGUUCCCACUGGCAGACUCGUGACGCUGCAGCUCGCCUGGCUAUUCGCAGUCACCUGCCGUUCGCUGAGCUAGAGCACUUUGGCGACUGCAAAACCGCUAAAGCCCUAUACGACGCUGUCGUUGCUCGCUACUCCUCACCUGCCACAGCCGAGCUUAGCCGUCUCAUGCUGCCUUACCUGUUCCCUGACCUGUCCACCUUUGCUACAGUCGCCGAUCUUAUCACCCACCUUCGCACUAGUGAUGCUCGCCUGCGUGCCGCCCUUCCCACCGAGUUCUGCGCUAAGAACCCCCCUCCCCUGUACUGGGCACUCCACUUCAUAGUCACCCGUCUCCCUGACACCCUCAGCUCAGUGCGCGACUAUUUCCUUGCUCGCUGUCCCACUGAGCUCACUGUCGCCCUCCUAGAGGAGAAGCUGCUAGCAGCCGAGAAGAGCAUUGUCGCUGUAGGUGCUGCUCGCGGCGCUCCUCGCACCCCCAUCUUUGAGGGGUGCUCUCCCUCUCCCCUCGCUCCCUCCUAUGCUACUGCUGCUGCUGUUGACUUCCUUGGUGCUGAGUCUGCUGGCGCUGCUUCUGCUCCUGGUGGGAGGCGCCGCACCGGCAAGGGCAAGGGGGGCAAGGGUGGCGGGGGUGGCGCUGGGGGGGGAGGGGGUGGGGGAGGUGGGGGGGGAGGCGGUGCUGGAGGGAGCGGUGGCGGGAGUGCCGGUGGGAGUGGGGCCGGCGGCGGAGGCGGGGGCGGCGGCGGGAGCAGUGGCGGUGGUGGCAGCGGCGGCAGUGGCGGCGGUGGCGGUAGUGGCGGUGGCGGUGGCGGUGGUGGCGGUCGGAGCGGAGGUAGUGGCGGCGGUGGAGGUCGGAGUGGAGGCACCGGCUCGGGCCAGAGCUCCCAGCAGCAGCAGCGUCCCCAGUCGACCCAGCAGCUUCGUGAGUGGCUUGCUCAGCGUGGGACGUCGGGGGGCAGUGGCCGCUGUUCCUAUGUCAUUCGCACAGGUGAUCGCAAGGGGCAGACGUGUGGAAAGUUCCACACUCAGUACCGCUGCUUCUUCCGCCUUGACGACGCUUGGCGUGAGGAGAUGGGCGAGGAUGUUGAGCGCCCUCGCUGGGCUGAGCUGAUGAGGGCUGGUGUUGAUGUCUUUGCUCUUGACUAUGAUGCUAUUAUUGCUGCCAUUGCUGUCCCGGCUGUUUGCGAGUCUGCUCUCUCAGGUACAGCACCCACAGAGACUGCUCUCUCAGGUACCGCACCGGCUGAGGCCUGUCACACCUUCACCCUUGACUCAGUCCUUGCCCAGUCCACCACUGUCCUCCCUUGUCCGGCGGUUCCGUCUGGCUCGUUGUCGGGUUUCCACCUCCCCUCGUUCUCGACGAACCUGGUGAGCAACGCUGUCAUCCAGGAUCAGUGGGUUGACACCUUUACCCCUGGAGGACAGCGUGUGGCGAUCUGCACGUGCUCUAGGACCGGCCGUCACCUGGCUACGUUUACCCGUCGGCCGGGGUCGAGUCUCUACACACUGACCACUGCGUCUCCUCAGGUCGCUGCUGUCGGUCAGGUGUCUGCGUCAGGUCUGGUAGCCCACGCCUGUGAGUGUCGUUCCCUGUCGCACCAGACUCUUCUCUGGCACCACCGCCUGGGUCACCCCUCCUUGCCACGCCUUCGUGGCAUGCACCGUCGCCACCUUGUGUCUGGUCUUCCCAGGUCCCUCCCUCCCCUCCCUGCCUCGCCUGCGCCGCCUUGCCUUCCUUGCGUCGAGGGGCGGCAGCGCGCCGCUCCUCACUCCUCCUCGUUCCCCCCGAUAGAGGCUCCUCUGCAGACCCUCCACCUGGACGUGUGGGGCCCAGCCCGCGUUCGUGGUCAGGGCGGUGAGCGGUACUUUUUGCUGGUUGUCGACGACUACUCGCGUUACACCACGGUCUUCCCCUUGCGCACCAAGGGUGAGGUCCCUGCUGUUCUGAUCCCUUGGAUCCGCACAGUUCGUCUCCAGCUCCGCCGCCGUUUCCGGACGGAUCUUCCUGUCCUGCGUCUGCACUCUGACAGAGGUGGUGAGUUUUCCUCCGAUCUCUUGAGGACCUUCUGUCAGGCGGAGGGCAUUGAGCAGACCUUCACGCUUCCGGACUCCCCACAGCAGAAUGGGGUUGCUGAGCGCCGCAUUGGCCUGGUCAUGGAGGUCGCUCGUACCUCCUUGGUCCACGCGGCGGCUCCCCAUUUUCUGUGGCCGUUUGCUGUCCGGUACGCCGCGCAUCAGCUCAACCUCUGGCCCCGUGUCUCCUUGCCGGAGACCUCGCCCACACUGCGUUGGACGGGGGAGGUUGGCGAUGCGUCGCGCUUCCGGGUGUGGGGUGCUCGUGCCCUUGUCCGCGAUACGUCCGCGGACAAGCUCUCCUCCCGCACGCUUCCCUGUGUCUUCCUUGGCUUUGUCCCUGACGCGCCUGGCUGGCAGUUUUACCACCCCACCUCGCGCCGGGUCUUCGCCUCUCAGGAUGUCACCUUUGACGAGUCGGUCCCUUUUUACCGUCUCUUCCCCUACCGCACUGCCCCCCUCCCUCCCCCGCCGCUGUUCCUUGCUCCUGGUCCCCCUCCGGUAGACCCCCUCCCCCCUCAGGGUCCUGCUCCUUCAGGUGUCUCUCAGGUAGACCCUCCUCCCGUCGCUGAGCCUGUCGAGGUCACAGGUGACUCAGGUGCUGCUGCAGGUGGUGCUGCUGGGAGUGCUGAGUCUGGGGGUGCUGAGCCUGCGGGUGCUGGGCCUGGGAGUGCUGGGACUGCGGGUGCUGGGGCUGAGGGUACUGUGCCUGAGAGUUCGACGCCUGGGGGUGCUGUGCCUGGGGGUGCUGCGACUGGGAGUGCUGAGCCUGCGUGUGCGGAGUCUGGGGGUGCUGCGCCUGCGGGUACUGAGCCUGGGGGUGCUGCUACUGAGCCUACGGAGCCUCGGGUUGCUGCGUCUGGGGGUGCUCCGGUUCGGGGUGCUGAGCAGUCUCUCACACCGCAGCAGCUUCGUGACUGGUACGUCCGGCGCUUUCGCCGUCCUCGUGGCUCGGCUGGAGUUGGGGGUGCUGGAGCUGCUCGUCCUGGGGAUGCUCCUACUGGGGGUACUGGAGCUGCCGGGACUGGUUGUUCUGGGAGCACUACGACUGGAGCUGCUGGAGCUGGGGACUCUGGCGCUGGCGGUGCUAGCGGAGUUGGAGCUGCCGCCUCUGGGGGUGCUCUUCCUAGCGGUGCUGCGGACCCUGAGGGUGGCGCUGCUGCUGGUGCUGCGGACCCACCUGGUGGAGCUGCUGCUGGAGCUGAGGACCCGAGCGGUGGCGCUGCUGCUGGUGCUGGGGACCCGGACGUUGGAGCUCCUGCUGGUACUGCGGACCCGGCCGCUGGAGUCUCUUCUGCUUCUGGAGACGCUGCGCGGCCGCGACCGUACUUCGUACCGCUCCUUCAGCAGGUUCUUGGGCAGGCUCCUCCUCCUUGUCCUCCUCCCUCCGUAGAGUGUCCUCCGACUGUCCAGCCGCAGUCACAGUUACCGCCUGCCUCGCCUCUCCCUGCUCCCUCUCCUUACACUGGUCCCACAGGAGGUCUCUUACAGAGCGUCGUGAGCCUGAGUCUCGUCCUGCCGUGUCCCUCUGCCGUCUCCUCCUUGCCGUCCUCUUUGCCUGCCGUUCCGGACCCUGAGUCUGACCGGUAUCGUGCUGAGCACCCUACUGUCACGCGUCUCCUAGCUACUGUUGUCACUGACCCUACCUUUGAGUCCUCGGCUGCGUCUGCUCUGGUCGCUGAGUUGGUUGACUUUGCUGCUGCCUGUCGUCUAGACUACGCUGCUCGCCUUGUUGCUGGGCAGGAGGACUUUGACUCUCUCGCGGCUGCUGUACCUCAUCUCGUGGCCUGGUUGCUUGCCCCUGAGGGAGACCCGGAUGCACUAGACAUCCCCACUCCGCGCACUUACGCAGAGGCGAUCUCGGGCACCUACGUCGACGAGGUUCCCCCUCCUGGGGCGAACAUCGUCGAUGGCAUGUGGAUUUUCAGGGUGAAGCGGCCGCCAGGUUCUCCGCCUGUCUUUAAGGCUCGUUACGUUGCUAGAGGCUUCAGUCAGCGCCAGGGGGUUGACUUCUUCCAGACCUUCUCCCCCACCCCGAAGAUGACCACUCUUCGGGUUCUGCUGCACGUUGCUGCUCAGCGUGACUACGAGCUUCACUCUCUUGACUUCAGCACAGCGUUCCUGCAGGGCAGCCUGCACGAGGAGAUCUGGUUGCGCCGCCCACCUGGCUUUACUGGGUCGUUUCCUCCUGGUACCCAGUGGAGCCUCCGCCGGCCAGUCUACGGUCUCCGCCAGGCGCCACGCGAGUGGCACGACACACUGAGGACUACACUUGCGGCUCUUGGGUUCGCGCCGUCUACUGCUGACCCGUCGCUGUUUCUGCGCACAGACACGUCGCUGCCGCCGUUCUACAUUCUCGUGUACGUCGACGACUUGGUCUUUGCUACUGCUGACACUGAGGCACUCGCUCAUCACCCGGACAGAGCUCGCCGCACCAUCACCCUGACUCAGUCACACAUGGUGCAGCAGGUCCUUCAGCGCUUCGGCUUCCAGUUCUCCUCACCACAGGCCACACCUCUGGCUACCAGCCACUCGCUCUCAGCUCCACCUCCGGACGAGUCCGUAGAGCCGAGUGGCCCGUACCCAGAGCUUGUGGGCUGCCUCAUGUACCUGAUGACUUGCACGCGACCUGACCUCGCGUACCCUCUUAGCAUCCUUGCUCGUUACGUUGCGCCUGGGAGACACAGGCGAGAGCACUGGGAGGCUGCUAAGAGGGUGCUGCGCUACUUGUGCAGUACAUCAGGCAUGGGGCUGGUGCUUGGAGGACGCGACAGAGUUGUCCUCACUGGCCACUCGGACGCUUCUUGGGUGGACGACCUGGCUACGCAGCGGUCGUCACAGGGUUACACCUUCAGCCUUGGCUCUGGUUCUGUCUCGUGGCGGUCCACCCGCUCUUCUUCUGUUCUUGGCUCUAGUUGUGAGGCUGAGAUCUACGCCACAGCCAUGGCUGCCCAGGAGUUACGCUGGCUCACCUACCUGCUGACUGACUUGGGAGAGCGGCCUAGUUCUCCUCCAGUUCUGUACGGUGACAACAAGGCGGCCCUUGCCUUGUGUCAGGAGCACAGACUGGAGCACAGGACGAAGCACAUUGCUCUUCGCUACUUUCUUGCUCGAGAGCUGCAGCAGCGAGGUCAGCUUCGGCUUGUGUACGUGGACUCGAAGGCCAACACUGCUGAUAUCUUCACCAAGGCGCUCCCGCCUAGUGAUCAUCAGCGGCACUGUACUUCUUUAGGCCUUGUGUCCACGUUUCCUCACUUGCUCACUGCUUGA